UAAUCACUUUGCUUUAUCAUCUGAUAUAGUUGGUGAUUUAUGAUAAGAUGUAAUAGCUAGUGAAGGCAACACUAUGCUCCUAAUUUUGUAAAAUGUGUUUAGAAUCAUGUGGUAGUUGUCUCUGCUCUUAGAUUAAGCAUCAAAUCAAGUUACUUUCUGAUUAGGUAGGAAGAAGACGUGGUGCUAGGUGGUGUUAUGAUUUCUGUCUUGAAGCCAAAAGAGAGAAAACUCUAGUAUGUGACAUCUGAUUUUGACGAUUAAUCUAUAAGCCUACAUCAUUCCCAAUUACUAUUGGCAGCUUUACCAGAUUUCAAAGUGCAGGACUUCAUGGUAGUUCUAAGUUUUGAUAUAUAUUAGAGUGAGACUGAAGCUACAAUUGGCUAUAAUUCUACCACAGUGGUUUGAGCAAUGAAAAUUGAGUCUCCAGAGAUGAAAGAGAUGCAAAAAGGUCCUCUAUCAUCAUCAUUUCCUAUUGAAAACAGGAAUAUUCCAGUGAGCAUGAGAGCAUUAAAAGAUCAUUUCAAUCGAACAAAGAAUCUUUCUUUUGUGAAGCGAAUCUCAGAUUUCCAUUUACUACUGCUGCUGGCCAAAUUUUUGGACAUUAAUGCAGAUGUUCCUGCGUUGGCAGAAUGUGUGCAUACACAGACAGCUGUCCCAGAAGGUUACCAGCUCCUUAUAGAAUCCAUGGCUAGUGCCUCUUGAACAGCAUUGCCAUUUGACAAAACCAACACUGCUCAUGUAUUGCAACAAGAGAAGAUCCCAGUGACAUUCAGUUCAUUGUCUGGUGAGACCUCAGUGCCUCUUGAGUCCUAAUGCUUACGCUCUAGUGUGUGGUAAACAUGUUUGCAGUGCUGAAAUCCUAUUGUUAUAUUGACCACCAAUGUGUUUGAAUACUUUGGUUAAAUUAUACCUACUUGCUCUAGUAUAACUGGUUGGAGUUAAAUUCGUGGGCUAUGGUUGUUUGCCUUUGUACUGGAAAUUGGAAUGACUCUCUGGUAGAGCAGACUUCGUUGACCUUGACCCCAUAGUGUGAUUGCGUGUUUUAGUAUCUACGGGGAAAAUUCCUUCAUCUUUUGUUUUAUCUUUUUA